CGCGGAAAAAUUAUAUAUGAGUACAGUGUCUGUUUAAUUACCCUUUAGGUUAUGACAUCAGUUAUAGUAUUGAGACCAGCACUAUACAUGUAUUCACAAUAUAUGAAUGUCUGCCUUCUGGUGGACACAUAUUAUAGCAAGAUAUGACAACAAAGGAUAAUUACUUCAAGAUAGUGGUUCUUAUAGUUGAAACAGCAUGUAGUGUUAUCUGGAACUAUAUGAAACAAAACAUUCUCGGUUCUUUAAGUUUUGAAUCAUUUUUGAAUUUAAAGGAGGUUAAGCACAAAUUAGUUCAUGUGUAUGAAAAACGUGAAUGCUGUGAAUGUGGGUCAGAUAAGAUAAUAGGAGAAAGAUUGAUAGCAAAACAACAGUUACUCGUACUAUAUGAAUCUGACGAAACGAAACAAAUUCAAAGUCACAAAGAAUAUUCUCAUGGUAAAGUGAUUAAAGUAUGCAUUUGUAAUUAUCAUGCAAAACAGAAUAUAGAUAUCAAAGUCCUUGAUAUAACACUCGCAAACUACAUUAUUAAAAGAUGUGGAAAAGGCGAGAAAGGGCUAAAUACUUGGAUGACACAAAUAAAAGAUUUGCGAAAUGAAAUAUUCCAUCUGUCAGAUAUAAAAGAACUAAAAGAUGACGAAUUUAAAAACAAAUGGAAAAUAAUAGAAGGUUCUAUAUUAGGAAUAGCUAAUCUGAUAGAAAAAGAAUAUGUUGAGGAAACUAAACAAAGGAUUAUUCGGACAAAGCAACUCACAUUUAUUCCUGCGUAUAUGUUUAAUUAUGAGAUUCUUUGUCGUGAUUACUGGAAAAUGAAAUGUGCUGAAUUUGAGGUAAGAUAA